AUGUGCUCAAGUGACAUCCUAAUUGAAUAUACUAACAUUAAAAUUACACUGGCACAGGUCUUGAGAAGGGACCAAGGGAUCAGUGGGGUGGGUAUCCCGUUUUAUGUACCGACCUUUUACGGACGAGCCUCUGGGGCGAGACUGAACAGAGACAAGACAGAGGCCCAAUUCUUCGGACCGUGGGCAGACCCAGACUUGACCAGACUACCUCUGACAGUUAAACUGACGGACAUAAGGGUACUGGGGGUAAAGUUUGACCGGGGGGGAGGAGGGAGUGGUAACUGGAGUGGAAUCCUGGGGACCGUAAGACAGAGACUGGGUUUUUGGGGACUACGACAGCUGACUUUUGAGGGCAAGGUUUUAAUCAUUAAAGCUGUGAUUUUACCUGUGCUUUUAUUAAUCAGUUCUGUUUUUAUCCCCCCUCGAAGGAGUAUUUUAGACCUGGAGCGAAUGCUUUUCUACUUCCUGUGGGGAGGCAAGUGGGAGAGGCUGAGGAGGGAGGUGGUCAAGAGGCCCAGGUCCAAGGGGGGGAAAGGCUUGCCUGACCUCUACUUGUUCCUGGGCAGCCGCUACACAGCGUUACAUCUGACUCUUGCCACCUCCCCGGUCAACAACAAGACUCAGGCCCUCGCACGGUUCUGGCUGGGUUCAUACCUCAGGACUCUGAGGCUGAUCCCAGUCGACCUGCGAGCCCCAGUCUCUUUCCUGCUACCCCCGCCCUACGUCCAGCUCCAGAAGUUUUUAAGACAUUUUAAACUGGAAAAAGAAACAGUCACGGUCUUAACAAAACACCGCUCUCUUCUCUCUCUUGUGCAGGAGCGGGAACCAGUAUGUCCAGUGCGCGGGCUCGCUAUAGGUGAGCCCACAACGGUUUGGCGCAACGUGGCCCAUCCUGCUCUCCUGAAUCGGCAUCGGGACCUGUCCUGGAUGGUCGCCCAUGAGAUCCUCCCGGUCAGGGCCGUUAUGCACUCACGGGGCAUGGCGAGGACAUCCGCGUGCCCCCGAACAGGCUGCGGCCAAGAAGAAUCGGUGAGGCACAUGCUCUGGGAGUGCAGAGCCGCCAGGGACCUGUGGAAGGAAGCAGGCCCCCUGAUUACCUCGUGUCUGCCAGCAGGGGAGGACCUAACACCUCAGCUCGUGCUAUAUGGGGUGGGCCGAAGGCCCAUUUCAUCGAAGACCUUCACCAAGCUCUGGCCCACCCUCACGUGCCUGAAGGAAGCACUGUGGUCCUCCCGCAACCUGCUGGUAGCGAAAAACGUAGAGACCACCCCCCAGGCAGUGGCCAUGGUAGCCACGGAAGCCCUGGGGUGGUACGAAAGGAAGGGGGCCUCGACCCCAGGCGAAGGGUCCCCCACAACACCCUAGGUCCCGGCGGCCACGGCCUGACAGCGCUGCGGCGCCUAGAGCGAUGCGCCUAGGGGAGGGAUCUCCUCUGGGCCCCGAAGGAUGGGACGAUGGUCUAUUCAGAAGAGCAGGAUGAGGUGAGCUUGAUAAAGACUCACCCCGCUCCUGUACAAGGGACUGAAGACAGCUUUUUAACAAAGUGGCUUUUUAACAUGUUUUUCAUGUCUUAAAAAUGUUUUACCUUUGUUAGAUCAUUAGUACACAUUUUAAAUGGCUUCUACAGAUUUGAUAUUUUUACAAGGAAAGUACUUUUACUCAUGGUUGUUUUAACUAAUUGGUUUUAACAACAUGUACUUUUUAACUAAUUUAAAUGUAACUUUCAAAUGCUGUGUUUUAUGCCUUGUUGCCGUUUUUAUGUGUGUAAAUGAUGUAAAAAAUGUAUGAGCUGUUUUUAAAGGAAUUGUGCCAAUAAAACUUUUCCAAAAGA